AUGGGUCGCCACUCGCAGAAAACUCCCACCGGGGCCAAAGGACAUGCACAGCCCAGACCUGCUCCCAUGGAAGUUCUGCAUGUAGCCAUACGCACUACUGAGAUGGAGCACCGGGGACCAGAAAACUCUCAGGCCUCACAACUUCCACCUCCAAGCCCUCUGACAACCAGGGACCAAUGA